AAGGUUGGGUGGUGGUAGUGGCAAAAUGUGUCAUUCACAUUUGUUCCUGUAUGGAACUAUAAUGGCUUGAGAGAAUCGUUGGAAUUUUCUCGUUGUCUGCUGCCUACGUUGGACCGUCUUAAGUGGCAACCAAACCAGGGAGGGAGAGCGAGAGAGAAAGAGAGAGAGAGAGGUGCAGAUCGUAAGAUCGCCGAUUCCGGUCUGCAUCAUAAAAGCGUCCCACAUGGCUUCGCUGCCGCUGGGACCUCACCAUCCCCCACCACCGCCCGGCCACGCCGCCGCCGCCGCCGCCGCCCUUAACCUCGCGCCACCUCCCCGUACGGAAUUUGCCGACAACAAGCAAGCAUCUGGUGACCAGGGGAAUGAACCAGUAACUGGUCAUAUCAUCUCCACCACCAUCGGAGGCAAGAAUGGCGAACCAAAGCAGACCCUUAGUUAUAUGGCAGAGCGUGUUGUGGGGACGGGCUCAUUCGGAAUUGUCUUCCAGGCCAAAUGUUUGGAAACGAGAGAAACAGUUGCAAUAAAGAAGGUUUUACAGGACAAAAGAUACAAAAAUCGUGAACUUCAAUUGAUGCGCACAAUGGCUCAUCCAAAUGUUAUCUCUCUAAAGCAUUGUUUCUUCUCAUCCACAAGUAGCGAUGAGCUUUUCCUUAACCUAGUUAUGGAAUAUGUGCCUGAAUCUCUUUAUGGCGUCCUAAGGCAUUAUAGCAAUGUGAAUCAGAGGAUGCCACUCAUCUUUGUGAAGUUGUAUACAUAUCAGAUAUUUAGAGGUCUGGCUUAUAUCCAUACUGUUCCAGGAGUUUGUCAUAGAGAUUUGAAGCCACAAAAUAUUCUCGUAGAUCCCCUCACUCACCAAGUCAAGCUAUGUGAUUUUGGAAGUGCAAAAGUUCUGGUUAAUGGUGAAGCAAACAUAUCUUACAUUUGUUCUCGCUAUUACCGUGCUCCAGAGCUUAUUUUUGGCGCAACAGAAUAUACAACAUCCAUAGAUAUAUGGUCAGCAGGUUGUGUUCUUGCUGAGUUACUACUUGGCCAGCCAUUAUUUCCUGGAGACAGUGCUGUCAAUCAGCUUGUUGAGAUAAUCAAGGUUCUUGGAACUCCAACCCGUGAGGAAAUUCGGUGCAUGAAUCCUGGCUACACAGAGUUCAGAUUUCCACAGAUAAAAGCUCAUCCAUGGCAUAAGAUUUUCCACAAGCGAAUGCCGCCAGAAGCGAUAGAUCUUACGUCACGCCUCCUCCAAUACUCCCCAAGUUUUCGUUGCACUGCAUUGGAAGCAUGCGCCCAUCCCUUCUUUGAUGAACUGCGAGAACCCAAUGCACGAUUGCCAAAUGGUCGCCCUCUUCCUCCUCUUUAUAACUUUAAACAAGAAUUAGCUGGAGCAUCACCAGAUCUCAUCAACAAGCUGAUUCCAGAACAUGCCAGGCGUCAAUCUGGUUUCGGUUGCUUGCAUAUGGCUGGAACAUGAGUUGGAAACACUGUUGCGGUGUUUUUUUUUUUUCAGUAAUGAAAAUCUGGGGAAAAGAUGAAUCAGCAUAGUGGGAACUGAUGAAAGGUAGCUUAUCUAUUCAGUCUCGGGAACAUGGAUGUAAUUUGAUGGCGCUGGGUGUUGAGAUGUAUGACCGGUCACAAAGGUGUGGUUCAAGAUUUCUCUGCGGUGUUUGGUCCUUU